AUGCGGCGCUCAAUCUGCUCGUCCCUCCUUGCGCUCCUUGCUACGACACCUUUUCUAUCGAUACACGCUUCGCCGUUUCCCACGCCGGCACCACAUAACAAUAUCCUAAUAAAUCGCGACUGCGCCAAUCCCUGUGGCUUCUAUGGACAGGUCUGCUGUGAACCGUCGCAGCAGUGCUAUACGGACUCCAACGGCCAGGCUGCAUGCAGAACCAACGCCGAACAGGCGGAGAGCGGUGGCCAGUGGGAGUAUUUCACAACUGUCGUUACGCAAACGGACCUGGUGGUGGUCACUUCGACCGGCAGUCGCUACGUCUUCCCGACCUCGCCUGGAAACGCCCAAUGCGAUGCCUCCCUGGGGGAGUCUCCGUGUGGAGAUAUCUGCUGUACGGCAGCACAGUCGUGUAAUGGGAAAGGGGUAUGCAUUGAAGGAGGAAGCUCCCCGUUCCCGUCACCCAGCCCGCCCGUGAGACCGACCAGCGGCGUGACCGUCACGGCUACAGACCGUCCGACCAAAACGACCGGAUUCAUCCCAGCGAUCAGCACUGACGGGAGCACACUGGUCCCAAUUACCAAGGGCGGUGGGGGACUCAGCGGCGGUGCGAUUGCAGGUAUCGUCAUCGGCUCGCUCGCAGGGGCGUUCGUUCUGCUCUUGCUCUGCUUCUGUUUCUGCGUCGGAAGUCUCGCCAGCCGCGUUCGAGGCCUCUUUGGCGGUGGUCGUCACAAGCCAUCGGUGUAUUCCGAAUCGUCCUUUACGGAUUCAGGCUCUCAUAUCGGCGGCGGUGCCCAUGGAGGCUGGUACGGGGGCCGUCCUCCAUCGUCGAAACCCAAGAAGUCGUCGUGGGGAUGGCUCCAAUGGCUGAGCGUUAGCGUCAUUUUCGGGGCAAUCCUGGUGUGCCUGGGGUUGAAGAGACAUUCCAAGGAAUCCGAAAAGAGUUACUCGUAUUACACCGAGACAGACUAUACAUCGCCUGAAAGCAGCUCCACCGGUCCUUCUAGCGGUCGUGGGAAGGGUGAUGGUGGCCCUGGAGGUGCUGGCCCUGGAGAUGCUGGCCGUGUAGCUGGUGGUAGCGGGGGCCAUGGAAGACGAAUAAUAUACGAACACACUGAAACAUACCACGCCCCGCGCCGCGGUUCAAGCAGGCAUGGCGGGAGUGGGAGUGGCUCGCGCGCGGUGAGGGCUUGA